AUGUGGCGCCCACUGCUUCUCCUCCAGCUCACCCAGCUGCUCCUUGGCCUGGCCAACGGACAGGUCCAGCCGAGAAUCGUGGGCGGCACCACCACCACGCUCUCCGCCGUCGGAGGCUUCGUGGUGAACCUGCGCUACGACGGAACCUUCUACUGCGGCGGCUCCCUCGUGACCAGCAGGCACGUGGUCACGGCGGCCCACUGCCUCAAAGACAAGAAGGCGGGUCGCAUAACCGUCCAGGGCGGAGUGAGCAAGCUGAGCCAGACGGGCGUCGUGAGACGCGUGGCCAAGUACUUUAUCCCGAACAGCUACAGCAGCUCCAGCCUCAACUGGGACGUGGGCGUCAUCAAGCUGCAGAGCGCCUUGACUGGCAGUGGCAUCACCACCAUUCCGCUCUGCCAGGUGCAGUGGAACCCGGGCGACUACAUGCGCGUCUCCGGCUGGGGCACCACGCGCUACGGCAACUCCAGCCCCUCCAACCAGCUGCGCACCGUGAGCAUCCAGCUGAUCCGCAAGAAGGUGUGCCAGAAGGCCUACCAGGGAAGGGACACCCUCACCGCCUCCACCUUCUGCGCCCGCAGUGGCGGCAAGGACAGCUGCUCCGGCGACUCGGGCGGCGGGGCGAUCUUCAAUAAACAGCUCUGUGGCAUCGUCUCCUGGGGACUGGGCUGCGCCAACGCCAAGUAUCCCGGAGUCUACACCAGCGUCCAUCGGGUGCGCAGCUUCAUUCUCAGCUCCAUCAAGAAGUGA